AUGGAUAAAUUGGAACCACCAGGAGUACUUUCGCUCACGGGGAACGUGGCAGAAAAUUGGAAGAAGUUCAAACAGAGGUUUGAUGUUUAUAUGACGGCUACAGGUGCGUCCGAAAAAGGUGACAAACAAAAAGCAUGCAUUUUCUUACACGUAGUAGGAGAAGAAGCAGUUUAUAACACCUUUGUAUUUGACGAGGGUGAUGAGUAUAAAUUAAAGAAAAUACUCGAGAAAUUUGAGGCUUAUUGCACACCAAAACGCAAUACUACGUAUGAGAGACAUAAGUUCUUCACGAGGGUGCAGAGGUCCGAUGAGACCAUAGACCAAUAUGUGACGGAAUUGCGAACUAUGGCAAAGAACUGUGAGUUUGGAGAUCUAGCAGAUUCUCUAAUACGGGACAGAAUAAUAUGUGGGGUCCCAGACAACACGCUGAAAGAGAGACUUUUACGAACAGUCGAUCUAACAUUAAACAAAGCACUAGCAACCUGUAGAGCAGCAGAGUCGACAAAGGAACAAAUAAAAAGUAUUGUCCCUCCUUCUGAAGUACAUUCCAUUGGAGGCAAACCAAAAGACAAAAAAGUUCGGGCAUUUAAGCAAGGUAAAAUUUGUGGACGGUGUGGAUAUGAUGAUUCACAUAAGACUUGCCCUGCUAUGGGUCAAAUUUGCAAUAAGUGUAAUGGUGCAAAUCACUUUGCAAAAGUCUGCAGAUCAAAAGGCAAACAAAAUAGUACUAAAAAGAAAAUACAGAAAAAGAAACACAUUCAUGACAUUCAGGAUGAACAAGCCUUCUUCAUCGACGCUCUGGAGACAGUUCAUUCCGACAAACCAGAGGAGUGGCGUGUAACUCUAAAUACCAAUGGCAAAGGAAUCAACUACAAGUUGGAUACAGGUAGUCAAGUCAACAUCCUUCUGGAGAAACAGUAUCACAGUCUACGACGGAAGCCAAAAAUACACAAGACAAAUAUACAGCUUAUGUCGUACAGCAAGCAUAGUAUUCCUGUUCUAGGAGCAUGUGUUCUGGAAGUUUCUCAUCAGGGCAAAGCAGCUAAGGUCUACUUUGUGAUAGUUCAGGAUGCUUCAACAGCAAUCUUAGGCGUAAAAGCUUGCGACAAGUUAGGACUAGUGAAACGCACAUAUACCAUAGAAAACUGCACAAAGAUUACAGACACAACUGCACAGAUUGUGGAUCAAAAUAAUGACUUGUUCGAAGGAUUAGGAUGUUUACCGGGUGAACAUAAAUCAUCCAUAGAUCCAGACAUUACACCAGUAGUGAGUCCAUGUCGUAAAAUACCUUUCGCUCUACAUGAAAAACUCCAAGAUGAACUUAAACGCAUGGAGGAUAUGGGUGUCAUACGCAAAGAAACCGAGCAUACAGAUUGGGUGAGUCCGAUUGUAAUCGUUCCGAAAAAAGACGGAAAGAUCCGCGUGUGUCUGGAUCCAAUUCAAUUGAACAAAGCGAUACAGAGAGAACAUUACAAGCUGCCAACACGAGAUGAGAUUCAUGCAAAGUUCAAGAAUGCACAUUAUUUCAGUAAACUUGAUGCUCGUACCGGAUUCUGGCAAAUGAAACUGGAGCAGAAGUCAUCAAAACUUACCUGUUUCAAUACACCAUUCGGAAGGUAUCGAUUUCUGCGUCUACCUUUCGGUAUCUCAUCAGCACCCGAGAUAUAUCAUAGGACAAUUCAUAUGAUAUAUGAACACAUACCAGGAUGCACGACAAUGAUGAAUGACAUCAUCGUAUGGGGUUCAACUCUACAAGAACACAACCAACGACUACAGCAAGUGUUCGAUGCAUCGCGCAAAGCAAAUCUCAAACUGAAUCGAGAAAAAUGUGUAUUUGGAGUUAAGGAACUUACAUUCGUCGGUGACACUAUAUCCGCAGAAGGAAUCAAGCCAGACGAGGCCAAGGUCAGGGCCAUAACAAACUUUGAGACUCCAAUAUGUAAGAAAGAUGUACAACGCUUUUUAGGCAUGUUGAACUACCAGGCAAGAUAUGUUCCAGACUUGUCAUCGAAAACUCAAGUUCUGCGAAAUCUCACAGAGGACAAAAACCAAUUUCAGUGGACUACAGUUGAGCAAAAAUCAUUCGAUGAGCUAAAGGCCAUACUAACAAGUACAUCAGUUCUUAAGUUCUUCGACCCGAACAAAGAGAUUAAAAUCUCCUCAGAUGCCUCUAGUUUUGGACUGGGAGCAGUGCUCUUACAGAGGCAUGAUAACGAGUGGAUGCCGGUGGCAUAUGCGUCCCGAGUUAUGUCUGAUGCAGAAACCAGAUACGCGCAGAUUGAGAAAGAAAUGUUAGCCAUAUCAUUUGCAUGUGAACACUUCCACCAAUACAUACUUGGACAGGUAGUAGAAGUGGAAACGGAUCAUAAACCACUUGUGAACAUCUUUAAGAAGUCCCUGAAUGACUGUCCACUACGAUUACAAAGACUGCUGCUGAGGGUACAGAAAUAUGAUCUACGUAUUGGCUACACUCCAGGAAAAUUUAUGCAUACUGCUGAUGCGUUGUCCAGAGGAACGGAUAUGUCAAUGAAACUGACCAGAUCAGAACAGGAGGAGGAUCUCAAAGUGUAUGUUGACUCUGUCAUUAAGAGUCUACCCAUAUCAGAUCGUAAGCUACAGAAAAUUCGUGAGGAAACUCAACAUGACCCAAAAUUGCAGUUACUAGCAGAUGUAAUUGUAAAAGGAUUUCCCGAAACGCGCAUUGAAUGCCCUAAGGAAAUAUCAGAAUACUGGAAUAUACGGACAGAGCUGAGUUUAUGUGAUGGAAUCAUCAUGAAGACAGACCGAAUUGUUAUUCCAGUCUCAUUGCGAAAGGAAAUGCUUACCAAAAUCCAUACAGGUCACCUUGGUAUCGAAAAAUGUCGGAAUCGAGCCAAACAAGUGAUGUAUUGGCCUGGAAUGUACGCACAAAUCGAGGAAAUGGUGAAUUCAUGUUCAACAUGUAUCAAAUUCCGUCCAAAACAACCGUCAGAACCGCUUAAACCACAUGAUGUAUGCAAUUAUCCGUGGGAAAAAGUGGGAGCAGAUUUGUGUGUAUUCAAUGGAGAAAAUUAUCUUGUGUUAUGUGAUUACUAUUCCAACUAUCCAGAAGUGUGUCGUUUGCAUAGUGUGUCAAGUCAAUCAGUCAUUAAUGCAAUGAAAUAUGUGUUUGCAGGCCAAGGCAUACCUAAGAUAGUGUUCAGUGAUAACGGACCACAAUUCAAGUCAGCUGAAUUCAGUGAAUUUGCAAAGUCAUAUGAUUUUCAGCAUCAUACGUCAAGUCCAUUAUGGGUUAGUCGAGAAAACCGUAGGCAUUGUAAAAGGCCUAUUGAAAAAAAUCGGCGGAUGAUGGAUCAGAUUUCCACAUGA